AUGUUAUCCGUCAUUGCAACCCCCUUCUGCCGACUCAUUGAUGCAAGAUUCGUAUUCUCGAUCGCAGCUACUUCGGUGUUGAUCACCAAAUGCCUCCACAUACACGUCCAUUUACAGGCUCUCACGUCGACCGAACUCUCCAAGUGGUCACUCAGUUUCUUUGCACAAGACACAGCGAUUUUGCUUUUGCUGAGGCUACUUCUUGAUUCAGAGCCAGUCACCCGCACUACCGGCCGCAGGGUUCGCAUUCUGUCAUUCACCAUUGCUUCAAUUAUCACGUCGAUACAACUAGCAAUUGCAACGAUCAACACGACUUUUUUCCUCGUGAUUGGGUCAGAGCCUCGUUGGAGAAAUGUCGGCAUAGUCGCAGAUUCCUCAUCGUGGUCGACAUUUGCCGAGGGCCUCCCAACCUGCCUGAUAACAUUCGCAGGCCUCGUAUUUACAUCAUUUGUGCUUAUGGGUAUCCCUUAUUUCCUCGCAAGCAUAGCACUCGAUGUGAUCAAGACUCUUGCAGCCGCGAUUUUUAGUAGGUUGAAAAGUUGUGGUCGUGUUUCAGCCAGCUCAAAAUAUGGAAAACUGGCUCGAGAUGAGGAAGAGCUCUACGAGUUGGAGCACAAGGACACUAUGCAAAGGCCUAGAAAACAAAAAAGUCGGCUUUCCUGGCUCUUGUCUAUUACGACCGGCGUAUUUCUCAUGGCGCAGGCUAUUACGUUUAUUUUGAGGCCCAAUGAACACGCCUUCGUCUUUUUAUCGUGGACUUCGAUUGCCCUUCCCAUCGCCGACAUUCUCAGCACCAACUCACCGCUGACACUGUUACUACCGGUAUAUGAUCUCGAUCUAACGGAGAAAUGGGAUGGGAAAACGGCGCUGGGAGAACCCAGUCGAUGGGCUUGGCUGCCAAACACUGACGACGCUCCGUCGGGUUUCAGUGACUGGUAUGAGCCGGAACAAACACACUAUAGCUCGGCUUUGGACCCAUUAAACCAAACCAACUUUGAGGGUGAUCUGCUUCCCUCCCUACGUGGGAAGCUCAGUGACGUUAAUAUCCGACAUGUUGUGAUUAUUCUACUAGAAAGCACCCGCCAGGAUGUAUUCCCCUUUAAGAAGGAUGGGUAUAUGUGGAAGAAGCUAGAGGAAACUUGGGACGACCAAACAAUACCAAGCGACGUCCAAGAGCGACUUGCAACUCUCACAAAAACCGCCAACUAUAUUACGGGCGACUAUAACGACGGCUUUGACCAUCCUGAGACGAGGCGCCGUGGUGGUAUCCAUGCGAUCCACGGCACCCCGUCUGCGACAUACACACUGAAAAGUUGUGCGGGAACACUUUGUGGCAUCAGCCCACUAGCAGUUGAUGGCAAUCAGGAAUAUUAUAGCCAUAUUUACCAGCCAUGUCUCCCACACAUCUUCAAGCUCUUCAACGACAUGGACCACACCUCGGCCCACAGCCCUGUAAAUAGACCGUAUACUGCAUACAGUUGGAACAACUCUUUCCUCAUGUCAGUGACUGGCCAAUUUGACAGCCAGUAUGAGUUGAUGGAGGGCAUCGGCUACACAGACGAUGAGCUUAUCGACGUGGAAUACUUGGAGAGUGACAGAGCCAUUUUCCCUCCCCCCAACCGGUCAUAUGUGAACUACAUGGGCUGGGAAGAGGAAGCUCUGGACGAGUAUAUCGUUGACGCAUUUAGAUCAGCAAGGGAGAAUAACACACGACUGUUUCUCACUCACCUCACUAGCACGGCACACUACCCAUACGAAAUUCCCGAGACCGCAACAUACGUUGCCCUUACACCAGAGGGUAGUGGUAAUUGGGCGUAUGACAUGUCCAUGUAUCUCAACGCUGUGGGCUACGUCGACCGCUGGGUUGGUAGAGUCCUGGAUAUCAUCGAAGAGCAAGAUGCCACCAACGAAACACUCGUCGUAUUUGUCGGCGAUCACGGUGUCCCCCUAGCAGAGACGGGCGGAAUUUCACCAUGGGGAGUCCCAAACAUUGGAGGGUUCCGGGUGCCCCUCGCCUUCUCUCACCCCAAUUUACCCACCAUUGAGAUCCAGGAGUCGGUCACGGCCAUAUCUGUCGUACCAACUAUACUGGAUUUGCUCAUCGAAACCGGCUCACUCUCGUCGUCGGAACUGCAGGCCGCGCACGAUCUUCUGCGAAACUACGAAGGCCAGUCACUUAUCCGAUCACUCAAGGCGCCGGACAUCGCUUCAGAACAGCGAUGGCAGUUCACAGCUGUAAGCCCUGGUGGUCAAGGAGUCUCGGUGCGUAGCAUGGAUGAGCCUCGCUGGCGCUUAGUAGUUCCUCUAAUUGAAGACUUGGAGUGGUGGUUCAGUGAUCUUGAUAAGGAUCCACAUGAGGAGGAUCCUACCGGAUCCUUUGGCUUUGCGAAACUAUUACAAACUGUGGAAGAGAAGCAUGGUAUAGAGGCCGCCAAGUGGGCUGAAGAAGCGGCCUUUGUGACACGGUGGUGGGUGACAGAAAACCACGAGAGAUGGCGGUAUAAUCCUGAAUAG